GAGAUCAGUGUAUUUUGUCCACUGGAGGAAAGAUGAUUUUAGGGGAAAUUAGGUUGUAUAGCUGCUUCUCUACAUUACUAAAAUUGAAAAGAGGUGUUAUUUGUGUAGUAACAGCGUUUAGAUGACGAGUUAUUGAUCCGGGAAAUUCCAAGCCCGACAGAAAUAACGGAUCGGCCACCUUAUCAAGUCGAGUCAUGGUUAUGAUCUUGAAUGCUACAACAAAAUGAAGAAACAGUUAUUGCUCCUUUAUUUCGCAUUAUGUUUGGACGGUGUGUUUGGGGAGACGAAAAGAGUGUCAGUGAAGGAGGGAGAUUCCUUAACUCUACCAUCUAACAUCACUGAAAUACAGAGAAUAUCUUUAUUGAUGUGGAUGUAUGAAUCUCAAAAUACUAUUAUUGCUAAAAUCGAGGGGACAACUCAAACCGUAUCUUUAUAUGAUGUUGAUGAUGGGAGAUUCGAAGACCGACUGCAGCUGGACAAUCAGACUGGAUAUCUGACCAUCAGUGACAUCAGAACGAAACACUCUGGAGAUUAUUACAUAAAGAUCAUCAGCACUGAGACCUUAGUCAAUACAUUCAGUGUCACUGUCCAUGAUGUGAUUUUUGCCGGGUUGGAAAACAAGAGAGAAGGAGAUUCUGUGACUCUAUAUACUGGUUUUACUGAUUCACACAAACAUGAUCUAAUGCGGUGGACAUUUGGACCUUUGAAUCCAGACACUCUUAUAGCUGAAAUGAACAUAAAGAUUCAUCAGAUCACAUACAGUUCAGAUCAUUUAUAUAAAGACAGACUACAUCUGGAAAAUCAGACCGGAUCUCUCACCAUCAGAGACGUCAGAACUGCAGACGCCGGCGUUUAUCAACUACAGAUCUCCAAUAGUAAAGAGACCUUAUACAAGAGAUUCAAUGUUUUUGUUGCCGUUCCAGAUCCAGGACUGUCCACUGGAUAUAUUGUGCUGAUUUGUGUUUGUGUCCUUCUGUUUGUGGCUUCAGCUCUGGGUGUGAUUUACUACUACAUGUUCAGAUACUCUAAACGGAAAGAAAAGAAAACGUUGUCAGUGAUAGAAGGAAAUUCUGCCACGCUGACAACCGGUGCAGCUGAAAUCCAGAGAGGCGAUGAAGUACGCUGGAUGUUUGGACCACAAAACAAUGUCAUUGCUCAAAUCGACAAAAAAGACGGUAAUAUUUUGUAUACCAGCGAUAUGCACUUCAGAGACAAACUGCAGCUGGACCAGCAGACUGGAGAUCUGACCAUCAGCGACAUCAGGAUCAGAAUCUCUGGAGAUUAUUGUCUGGAGAUCACCAGGAGCAGAGCGACCAAAAUGAAGAGAUUCAAAGUGAUUGUACGAGUGGACACACUGAAAUUCACUGAAGGAGAGACUGUCCAUCUGAAGACCGGUGUUACUGAAAUACAGAAAGACGAUCUGAUACUCUGGAAAUUUGAACCUAAAAAUACUGUCAUAGCCAAAGUUGACGGAAAAACAGAUAAUACCAGCAUUGACGAUGAGGGAUUCAGAGACAGACUGGAGGUGAACAGUCGAACUGGAAACCUCACCAUCACAAACAUUAAAAGCAUCGACUCUGGAGUUUAUGAAGUAGAGAUGAAGAGCAGCAAUAAAGUUUCAUACAAGAAAUUCAACGUUCUCGUCUGGAUGAAUACGCUGAAACAUACAGUUGGAGAUGCUGUGACUCUUCAAACUGGUGUUACCGAACUCAGUGAUGAUCGGAUACUGUGGAAGUUUAGCGAUAAAGAGACUAUCAUAGCCGAGCUCAUCGGAGCCACCAGUAAGGCCUUGUUCUAUGAAGGUCCUGAUGGGAGAUUCAGAGAUCGCUUGCAAAUAAACCAGCGAACUGGAGAUCUGACCAUCAGGAACAUCAGCAGAGCACAUUCAGACGUUUAUACACUACAAAUCACCAGUGGCAAGAAGAUCACAUGCAAGAGAUUCGUGGUUAUUGCCCACGAGAAGACUGUGUCAGAGAUGGAGGGAGAUUCGGUCGUGCUAGACAACGAUAUUGUAAUACAAGAUGAUGAUCAGAUACUGUGGCUGUUUGGAGCUGAAGACAGACUCAUAGCGAAAGGGGAAAGAAAUAAAGAUUUCUGCACAUAUGACGGCGCUGAAGGGAAAUUCAAAAACACACUGAAUCUGGAUCAUCAAACUGGAUCUCUGAUCUUAACAAACAGCACAUCUGAGCACGCCGGAGUUUAUAAACUACUGAUCGUCAGCAGCCGAGAGACUAAAUACAAGAGAUUUAAAGUUACGAUCCGUGACAGAGAACGAAAUACAGACACAGAAGAUGGGCAGGAGGGGACAGCAUUAAUACAAAUGAAACUGUAAAACAUGAAUGUGAUUUUAAUGGUAAAAUAUUGUAAAAACACUAUGG